GGCACGCUCAUUGUUUGUAGAAGGAGCGUCCUGGUUCAUUUAGGUGUUUUUUGGGGGGAGGGGGGGAGAUAGUGCUGCCCACCCCAUAAGGGCGUGGGGUGGGCUCAGACACCCAGGAUUUCAAUAUAACUCUGAAUGGUCGCAGUUCCACCCUUGAAGGAAAAGUCACUGCAAAGUGACAUUGUGGCUGAGAAAAUGGAGGUUCCAUCCACUCGUAUUGCAGGGCCAGGCACAUUCCAUCACCAGCUCUCCGGAUGGGCAGGACGGGCUUCGGGGGCCCCAGAGGCCUUGCCUCCUCCUCCCUCUCCGUCUUCCUCGCCUGCUCGCUUUGGCACACCAUAUCCUCAAAGGACAUCCAGCCACGUUGCUUCACAGACUAUGACUCCGAAGUGGGUUGUUCCUGGGAAGUGGACGCCUCUACCGACUGCCCCAAGAAGUUCCUCCUGCGUGUUACAGCGAAUAAUCGAUUCAGUGGCCAAAAGAAAUCAUGGGAGUGUUCUCCUAAGAACAAGAGAGGCCUGGAUGUGACCCCCAAGUGUACUUGCACCAUUCGGUCUGAAGUACGGAAUAAUUUCAAGUAUCGUUUCUCGCUGGAGGCCAAUGGGAAAAAGAUCUGGAAGACGAAGAUUGAGGACCUUCGUAAAAUUGUGAAACCCCGACAGCCUGUCAACCUGAAACUUACGAUGGGGGAUGGCGGAUACAUCCUCACCUGGGAAGAUGGCUAUAAUGAAGGGAGCAUUCUCCAUAAAAAUUCGGAAACAGACUAUGAAGUUGCCUUUGGGCAAGAAGGCAUGCUGGAGGAUGAGGCACGCAAACGCAUGACGACGGACAUGCAACUUAAAAUCGCCAUAGGGAGUCUCAUGCCAGCAACGAUCCAUUUUGUUAAAGUGCGCCAGAAAAAUUAUUUCCUCGGGAACACCUGGAGUGAUUGGAGCAUCCCGAUAAGUUGGAAAACAGCUGGGUGGAUCGGGUAGGGCACCUGUUUAUUAUUAGCAAUGUGUUGCCAUCCCUGUGUGUUCUGGGCUCCACAUUGUGGGCUCUUUAUUUCUCGAUUUAGUAAACCUUCUGGAUUUGUGAAAUAUUCUGACCCCACCCACAGGAACGUUUGUGCAUCAUCCGGCCCCUUUGAGUGAGCGACAGCAUUUCUCUCACAUUGCUGGGGUCUUGCAUUUCCAGUCAGCUAGACAUCAAAUUAAUAUGCAGGCCUCUCACUUAAUUCAGUGCAAUUCUCUGCUGUAGACAAUACCUCUUUCUGAAGUCACCCCAAUGAUUUUUAUUGUUUCUUAUUUAAAUAAAGACAAGA